UAAAACUUCAUAAAAUAAUAUUUAUUUAAACUAAAAUACAUAUUUACUACACAAAUUGCAUUUACUUAAUAUUAUAUAUAAUAUAUAAUAAAGAAAACAUGGAUGAUUUAAAUCCUUUAGCCGGCACUGCUCAUCUGUUAGAAGAGGUGGAUAAAAAACUAAUGGUUUUAUUGAGAGAUGGUCGUACAUUAAUUGGCUAUUUGCGUUCAGUGGAUCAAUUUGCAAAUCUAGUAUUACAUCGUACCAUAGAACGUAUACACGUUGGCAAUGAGUAUGGUGACAUACCGCGCGGAGUUUUUAUUAUACGUGGAGAAAAUGUCGUGCUACUGGGUGAAAUAGAUCGUGAAAAGGAAUCAAAAUUGCCUCUAAAGGAAAUAUCUGUAGAUGAAAUCCUCGAUGCUCAAAGAAGAGAACAAGAACAACGUCAAGAAAAACAUCGUUUAAUAUCGAAAGCUUUAAAAGAACGAGGUUUAGCUGUUAAUGCCGAUAUAAUUAAUGAAGACUUUUGUUAAUGUUGAUGGUUUAUAUGUUUAAUAAUAUAUUAAAUUUUGUAUUUAA